UAGAAGACGAACUAUCAUAAAGCCCAAUAGAAAAAGGCCUUUUUAAAACUCUCUGUUCUCUACAGUCUCCUCUUCGCCAUCCGCAGCUCAUUCUAGAACAGUCAGGUGAUUUUUGCUGAAUCGAAGUCUUCGUCUCGAAUAUCUCUUUGCCAUGUCGGACGAGGAAGUUGUUGACCCAAAGGCAACACUAGAAGUAAGUUGCAAGCCUAAGUGUGUAAGGCAACUAAAGGAGUAUCAGGCAUGUACUAAAAGGAUAGAAGGUGAUGAAUCAGGGCACAAACAUUGCACUGGACAGUAUUUUGAUUAUUGGCACUGCAUCGACAAAUGUGUUGCUGCGAAGUUGUUUGACCACCUCAAGUAACAAGGAUAUAAGUUGUUGAUCCCUUGCAAUUUAUCUUCUUUUUGGUUGUUGAACAAGUCAUUACCAUAUUAUUCCUCACUGUGCUGAAGACUUGCAACCCUUUCAAUCAACUUGGUUGCUGCAUGCAAAAUUUUGAACUAUGCACAUCUUAAAAAGUGAUUAAUAAAUCAUACUCGUGGGUUAAAUUGGACCCUUUUAUUCGUUCGAAAUAUUGAGAAUCUCCCGGUUGUUAUUCCCUGAUGGCUUCAUGGGGGAAAACGUCUUGUCUUGCGCUCACUGAAUCCUGCGCAUAUAUUGAUAACUGAGUUAUUUUGAGUA